AUGAAUGUCAUGCUGCUCUCUUGCUGUGUCUUGGUCUUGCUUAUGCCCGGUCCGUGUUUUACGGCGCCCACAUUUAUGCCAGAGGAAGAGAGCUCUCCUUCCACAGAACCACAGGUUGACUUGAAGCUGGCCACUGAAUACCUUCAACAGUACUACAACCUGCAAAAAGAGCCUCUGGGGCGCAUGAAGCGGAGCGGACCCUCCUUCACCUCCAAGGUGAAAGACAUGCAGAUAUUCUUUGGACUCAAUGCAACAGGUGUGCUGGACUCAGACACCCUGGAGGUGAUGAGUAGCCCUCGGUGUGGUGUUCCAGAUGUGGAAGAGUAUAGCCACAUCCAGGGGACACGAUGGAACAAGAAUGUCAUCACCUACAGCAUUGGCAGGUACACCAGAGAUUUGCCUCGCAGCACUGUGGACUCUCUAGUUGAGUCAGCUUUCAGCGUUUGGGCCAGAGCCAGCAGUCUGACGUUUGUCAGGUCUCAAACCCGCAGCGCUGACAUCAUGGUGGAGUUUGUGACCUAUGAACAUGGUGACUUGCAUCCAUUUGACGGACCCAGAGGCACACUGGCUCAUGCUUUCGGUCCAGGGUUGGGCGUUGGAGGGGACACGCACUUUGAUGACGAUGAGCACUGGACAGCAGGAGAGACAGGUUUUAAUCUGUUGGUUGUAGCUGCACAUGAAUUUGGCCAUGCUUUGGGCCUGAAGCACUCCAGAAACCCAGAGUCACUGAUGUAUCCGACCUACAAAUCCUCCCGUCACGCCAACCUGUUAUCCAGAGAAGAUGUGGCAAAUAUCAACGCACUUUACAGUCCAGUCAGAGGUCGUCCAAAUUACUUUUUGAGGUACGGCUGGAGCUCUAGCCCUGGGCUGUCAGGAUCGCUGUUCCCUCAACUCAUGCAGAACAAAUGUGAUCCAGACCUGACCUUUGAUGCAGUGUCCACUCUUGGGGAUGCCACUUUCUUUUUCAGAGAAAAAUAUCUCUGGAUUAAACAUAAUCAGCAAUCUGACAUCAAAGAAGGUCCCAUCACCAACUUUAUGCCCAAGAUUGAAACCAGCAUCGAUGCUGCCUUCUGGGUGCCUCGCAGAUCCACAGCUUAUCUCAUUCAUGAAUCCAUGUUCUGGACAGUGAAGGGCUCUCUUGUAAAGGGAAAGCGUCGAGCACUCAGCCACUUUGGCUUUCCAGCCUGGGUCCAGGACGUUGAUGCAGCCGUGCACAUAGUGAAAACAGGACGCACCCUCUUCUUUAUGCAUGAUAUUUACUGGAGUUACAAUGAAAACCGAAGGGUUAUGGAUUUCGGUUAUCCAAAGUACAUCAGCGAGGACUUUCCGGGAGUCAACACGACAAUAAAUGCUGCUGUUCAUAAAGAGGGUUUCAUCUACUUCUUUGACGGACCACAAGUCUACAAAUACGACUACACCCAGAAACAUGUUGUUGGAGUUGAGAAAGCUAAUUCCUGGCUUGGAUGUUGAAAUACUGUAAAUCUAUGAAUAUGCAACAAGAUAAUGAUCUGGAAACCUUGAUUAAUUUAAAAACACAAAGAAAAACCCCCAACUGUGCUUCUUCACUUUUGAGUGGAGUUUUAUUUAUCAAUAGUCAUAUUUUGU